AACCCACAGUAGGAGGAACGUUGGUGCUGUAAAAACCUUGGUUGACAGCGACACAUACAACUACAUACUGAUUUAGCUGCAGCUUUUGAAGAACAUUGAAGAAACAAAAGCCUUUACACAUAAGAAAAUGUAGCCAAAAAUACACUACAGUAAGGUGCUUUUCAUAAAAACAUCAAAUGACAGAUGUUUCUAUGCAAUCACAUUGACAGAGAAGUUGUUCAUAACAAAAGCAAAACAUGAGCGGCUGGCUUCAUAAAGGCUGUUUAGGUUUACGUUACAUAAACAGAAUUUUAAUUAACAUCUCGGUUGUGUUUGUUUGGCAGACAACCGGAGCGGAGCUGCUAAUGAAAUGUGUGAACAUCCCAGAGACCAAUGACAGUGUGGAGCUAUACAUCAUAGACUCUGCAGGGAAGCAAACAUUAGUGGAAGCCUGUGAAAAGAUGUGGGGUGAGCUGUCGUUGCUGUGCCUGGUUUUUGACCUGACCAGUGAGCAGUCUUUUGCCAAUUGCAGCCACUGGAUUGAGAGAGUUCAUGCUCACUGCCAGGGUUUCCACAUUCCAGGUACCAGCCUCUAAAAAACAAAGAAUUUG